GACAACCAACCACCUACCCGCGAAAGCAUCCGAAACUGUAACCACUAUUCAAUGGCCCCUCAAACAAUCCUGAUAACAGGCGCCGCAUCCGGCCUCGGUUUAGCAUUCCUGUUACACUAUGCCUCUCAAACGCCCCCUCCGUUUCUCAUUGCGAUCGACACCGUUCCCUUCCCACCCGACCUGCCAAAGUUUAAAAGACUCGGUUUCCGCGCAGAUGUCACGUCCCCCGAAGAAUUGUACGUGGCACAAACUGCCGUCGACGACGAACCCAUAGGCCUGAUCAUCCACUGCGCCGGGAUCCGAGGCCUGGUGCCACGCGUCGUCGCAGAGCAGCCUGGCGACGUCGCAGCCGCCGAGACACUGGCCGUUAUGGACCGGUCCACGUUCACCAAGACACUUGAGGUGAACACUUGGGGCACAUUUAAUCUCGUGACGUCGUUUUUGCCGAGCCUCAAAAUGGCCGAGGAUCCUAAGGUUGUGAUCAUGAGUUCGAGGAUGGGCAGUGUGAGCGCGAAUGUGGCGGGGGGAGGGUAUGCGUAUCGAGCUAGUAAGGCGGCGCUGAAUGCUGUGGUAAAGAGCUUUGCGAUUGAUAUACCUGAGGUUACGUUUCUGUUGCUGCAUCCUGGGAGAGUUGAGACGGGGCUUGUGGAGUGGAAGGAGGACGGGGCGAUCAGUACUCAGGAGAGUUUGAGCGAUUGCUUGAAGGUCAUAGAUGGGCUGAAGAAGGAGGAUAGUGGGAAGUUUGUUGACCGGUUUGGGGAGACCAUUGCAUGGUAGCGGAACCAUGAGUGUAGAUUGCAUCGACACUGCACGGUGACGCGUGUUGUCUACGAUAGCCCAAACCGAUGAGAGUAGUUUGGAGAAGAUUCGGCCCAGGUUUGGGUAGAAACUGGAGCUGGAUGCAUGUGAAAAACGGUGGAACAAGUAAAGGACAAAGGCUCCAAGCUCUGCGUAGAAUGUAAGUAUACGGUGGG